AUGCUGAAACUUAAUUUACUCUUCACUCUUGCCUUCGUUCUUGUCGUUCUCAACCCUGUAUUAACCGCAACUUUGAGUAAACGUGAUGACGGUUAUGCAAAAACCGCUGAAACUGAUGGAAAAGGUUAUAAAGGUGAAAGUAAAAAUUCCUGGGACAACAACGGAGAGGAUUUGACUUAUCAUAAAAAGCAAAAGCAAGGUUAUGUUAAAACUAGUGAGAAAGGCAAAAAAGAUCAAGAUUGUGACAAUGAAAAAGAUCACAAAGGCGAAGGUAAAAAAGAUCACAAAGGUGAAGGUAAAAAAGAUCACAAAGGCGUUAGUAAAAAAGAUCACAAAAACGAAAGUAAAAAAUAUUACAAAAGUGAAGGUAAAAAAGAUCAAAAGGGCAAACAUGAAAAAUAUCUAAAAGGUGAAAGUAAAAAAGAUUACAAAAGUGAAGGUAAAAAAGAUCAAAAGGGCAAAUAUGAAAAAGAUCUAAAAGGUGAAAAAGAUCACAAAGGCAAGUAUGAAAAAGAUCUAAAAGGUGAAAGUAAAAAAGAUCACAAAGACGAAAGUAAAAAAGACCAUAAGGGCAAAGACUAUAAUGAAAAAGAUCAUGAGAGUAAAGGUGAAAAAGAUCUAAAGGGCAAAAAUGAAAAAGAGCAAAAAGGCGAAGGCAAGAAAGGUCAAAUGAGCGAAGGUGAAAAUAGUCAAAAGAGCAAUCAAAAGGGCGAAGGUGAAAAUAGUCAAAAGAGCGAGGGCAAAAAAGGUCAAAUGAGCGAAGGUGAAAAUAGUCAAAAGAACAAUCAAAAGAGCGAAGGUAAAAAUAGUCAAAAGAGCGAUGGUGAAAAUAAUAAAAAGAGCGAAGGCAAAAAAGGUCAAAUGAGCGAAGGUGAAAAUAGCCAAAAGAACAAUCAAAAAAGCGAAGGCAAAAAAGGUCAAAUGAGCGAAGGUGAAAAUAGCCAAAAGAACAAUCAAAAGAACGAAGGCAAAAGUAGUCAAAAGAGCAGUCAAAAGAGCGAUGGUGAAAAUAGUCAAAAGAGCGAAGGCAAAAAAGGUCAAAUGAGCGAAGGUGAAAAUAGCCAAAAGAGCAAUCAAAAGACCGAAGGCAAAAAAGGUCAAAUGAGCGAAGGUGAAAAUAGCCAAAAGAACAAUCAAAAGAGCGAAGGCAAAAAUAGUCAAAAGAGCGAUGGUGAAAAUAAUAAAAAGAGCGAAGGCAAAAAAG